CGGGUCAAGUUGUUCGUCGGCCAAUUGUUGCAUCUUCGUUGUUACUUGGAAGCGAACAUGGAUCUCAUUAAAGACGGGUGGUUUACGGAACUAUCCCCGUUAUGGCCGGGGCAAGCGGCCAGCCUGGAAGUGGAAGAGCUCCUCUACCACAAGAAAUCCAAAUAUCAAGAUGUCCUGGUCUUCAAGAGUAAACAAUAUGGCAAUGUCUUGGUGCUGGAUGGAGUGAUCCAGUGCUCUGAGAGGGAUGAGUUUGCAUAUCAAGAGAUGAUUGCCAACCUUCCCUUGUACAGCCACCCAUGCCCCAAGAAGGUGCUGAUCAUUGGCGGAGGAGAUGGCGGUGUAGCAAGGGAGGUUGCGAGACAUCCGAUGGUGGAAUCGGUGGUUCAGUGUGAGAUAGAUGAGGAUGUUAUCAAUGUAGCAAAGGACUUCCUCCCAGGGAUGGCCCAAGGGUUUUACAGUCCCAAGCUCACCCUGCAUGUUGGAGACGGCUUUGAAUUCAUGAUGGCGAACCAGGAUUCUUUUGACGUCAUUAUCACGGACUCCUCAGACCCUAUCGGACCUGCUGAGUGUUUGUUCCAGGAGCCUUACUAUGAGCUUCUGAAGUCAUCACUGAAAAGUGAUGGGAUUCUUUGUUCACAGGGAGAGUGUCAAUGGCUCCAUUUGGAUCUGAUUAAGGAGAUGCAAACCUUCUGCAAGAAGCUAUUCCCGGUGGUGGACUAUGCCUACACAUGUGUCCCCAGUUACUCCAGUGGCCAAAUUGGAUUCAUGCUCUGCAGUAAAGAUCCUGAGACAAAUUUCAGGGAACCAGAGGAAUUCCUGUCAAAAGAAGAAGUGGAAGACAUGGCAUUUAGAUAUUACAACUCUAAUAUCCACAAAGCCUCUUUUGUGCUCCCUGAGUUUGCAAGAAAGGCACUCAGUGACGAAUGAGCAGCAUCAACAGCCCAGCAUGUUCAUGAUCUACCCGAGCCCCCAGACCACAGAUUUGUCCUCUAGCACCACUGAGGACAGCAGACUCCCUCCUUCCAGUCUUAUGUACUCUGGAUGUUAAAA